AUGGAACAUGCAGCCAUUCACGCAAAGACGGAACACUUCAACUCCAAAGAGGUGCCUUUGGCACCUCCCUGCCCAACGAUGAACGUCGGUCAAGCCCCAGAACCAACCUAUGACGGUGUCCCGCCACACCAAAUUACAAAUCCAGCUCCCUAUCGAACGGCACCUACCGUGUCUGCUCCUUACACAACAGGAGACAAGCGAAUGGACGAAUUUCAGGGUUGGCAGGACGGAGGUAUACGCAAUAAGGAGCCGAGUGACCAAGUCGAUUUUCAAAACCUAAAAAGGUCCCGACCAGAAGAAGUCUUUACCUCGAUCAACUCAACUUACGAACAUGUCCUCAUGGCCGAAAACCAGAUGAUUCCGAAGCCAAACAGCCGGAAGCUCCCUAGACAGGUCGACAAAGAUACCGGAGUAUUCUCCUGCUACCACCAAUACAAUGGCCACGAUACCGAAUCAUGCAUCGCCCUCCGAAAAAUUGUUGAAAGCGUGAUCAAUGAAGGCAAACUAGACCAAUAUCUAAAUACACAUCCGGCCCCCGAGAAACCAGGCAAUCUAUAG